AUGGGCUUCCACAGGUUGACCCCCGGCUUUGCACCGUUGGUAGCAGGUCAGGAGGCUCACAGCCGUGAGGGGAUCGUGUACAAAAUGACCUCAGGAUCAUCCGAAGCCCAAGCAGCGACUUUCAAGAGUAGCUUCAAUGACAGAAUCACAAUUCCUGACUCUGAAAACCCAAAGAGAUGGUCGAACGGGAAGAAAUGGACUAUCACUGUGGUUGCCUCACUCAUGACAUUCUCUGUCACCUUUGCGAGUAGUAUCUUCAGCACCGCGGAAAAGCAAACGGCAGCGGAAUUCCAUGUGUCCCACGAAGUGAUGAUAUUGGGUCUUAGCCUGUUUAUGUUAGUCAGUGAUCUGACUCCGGUAAAGACAAAUAAUUCGCUCGGACGGUUGGCUAAUGAAUCAACGCAGGGAUAUUGUUUUGGUCCGCUGCUAUGGGGGCCACUAUCCGAGAGCCAUGGGCGUAGAUUACCCUUGAUGCUUGGUGUGAUCGUCUUCUGUAUCUUUCAAGUGCCUGUAGCCGUGGCCCAGAACGUGCCAACCAUUGUAAUCUGCCGCUUCAUUGGCGGUCUGUUUGCUUGCUCGCCGCUGUCGAUUGUUGGAGCCACUCUGGCGGAUAUCUGGGAUCCGGUGGAACGGGGAAUUGCUGCGUGUAUAUAUUCCGGCGCGACAUUCUCUGGGCCGGUUCUAGGCCCGAUUGUGGGCGGCUUCGUCGUGGACAGCUAUCUCGGCUGGCGAUGGACAGCGUGGCUGACUCUGAUCCAAGGCGUCUUUUUCUGGGUCCUUGGCAUGAUCUUUGUGCCUGAGACUCACGCCCCGACAUUGCUGCGCCGGUUCCAGGCUCGUGAGUGCUCUUCUGACGGAAGGGAAGAGCUCGGACAAUCGAAUACCAAUUCGCCUGUAAGCUACAUGAACUGGAGGGAAUUCCUGACGAAGUUCUUAGCACGACCACUUGUUAUGUUGGCCACCGAGCCUAUCCUGCUGUUAACAACCCUGUAUAUGUCCCUCGUCUACGGGACGUUAUAUCUCUUCUUUGAAGCGUAUCCCAUCUCGUUUCAGGACCAGCGUGGCUGGAACGCCAGCGUGGGAGCCUUGCCUUUCCUGAGCAUUAGCGCAGGUGUCAUCUGCGGCAAUCUGACCAUCGCAGCAACAACCGUCUUCCGUCUUAAACGCAAAUACCACGAAGGGGGUGGUAUAGUCGCACCGGAGGAGCGCCUAAUCCCCAUGAUGGUUGGUGCCGUCGUUUUACCACCAGGACUAUUCUGGUUUGCGUGGACCAGCAGCCCUCACAUCACUUGGAUACCUCAGGUCCUAGCUGGGAUUCCGAUCGGCAUGGGUAUUCAGGUCAUCUAUACGAUGGGCCUCAACUACAUUCUGGAUGUAUACACCCCCUACGCUGCCAGCGCUGUUUCAGCGAACACCUUUGUCCGAUCUAUGGCGGCUGCAGGGUUCCCACUAUUUGCUACCCCAAUGUAUGAUCGUCUGGGAAUUAAUUGGGCCACCUCCCUGUUGGGGUUCGUGUCGGUGCUCAUGGUGCCAGUGCCGAUAUUGUUCUAUAUCUACGGGGAGCGAUUAAGGAAGUUGGGCCGCUAUAGCGUCACGUAA